CGGACAUCUCAGAGUCAGAACAGCCUGAACGAGCUUGAGAUCACGUCAACCUGCAACAUCCACCUCUACGAAGAUCCUCAUUCUCCAAGAUGAGAGACUCGGUCCUCUCCGUCAUCUUUGCCUUGGCACUUUUCUUGGAGUGCUACACACCGUCCAUGGCGAUCCCGAUGGGCAAGAUGGAGGACACAGCCUUGGAGCAAGAUACUCUAGACUCUCUACUGAACGAAGAGGUGGCCGAUAAAAACCCUGAUUCAAUCAGAAGCGGGAGCUCCAAGAUCAUCGUGUUGGCAGACUCAGGCAUGUGGAAGAACCUGAACAGAGGACUUCCUCUCUACAAGCUGAAAGCUGCAGCUGCAGGGCUUGACAGAGCCCUGACCCUGGACCGCAGAGAGGCUGACCAGGACCUGAGCCCCAGCAUCUCCAUUGUCAGGAGGGACACCAUGAGGUGCAUGGUGGGAAGGGUGUACCGGCCUUGCUGGGAAGUGUAGAUGUGACCAAUGAGCUCGUCCCAUCUCGUCAUUAAUCUGCCAGCCAGAUCUACUAUGCUGCAUCUUGUCCUGCCUCAUCUUGAGUUGUAUGAUAUGAUCUUUCGAGUAUGUAUUAAUGUAUUUAGACAAAUUGAUAUCAGUCAUUAAAAAGACAGAACACUGAA